GAAUUUGGAAGCUCCAGAGUACCCAGUGUAUUCUGUAAAGGGCCAUAAAGAAAUUAUAAAUACUAUAGAUGGUGUAGGUGGACUAGGAAUUGGGGAAGGAGCACCUGAAAUUGUGACUGGCAGCCGAGAUGGAACUGUGAAGGUGUGGGACCCAAGGCAGAAAGACGAUCCUGUUGCUAAUAUGGAACCUGUACAAGGAGAAAACAAGAGAGACUGUUGGACUGUGGCGUUUGGUAAUGCUUAUAAUCAAGAGGAGCGUGUUGUUUGUGCUGGCUAUGACAACGGGGACAUCAAACUGUUUGAUCUCAGAAGUAUGUCAUUGCGGUGGGAGACAAACAUUAAAAACGGGGUAUGUAGCCUGGAGUUUGACAGAAAAGAUAUAAGUAUGAAUAAGUUAGUAGCUACAUCUCUGGAAGGGAAGUUUCAUGUUUUUGACAUGAGAACACAGCAUCCAACCAAAGGUUUUGCUUCUGUUUCAGAAAAGGCUCAUAAAUCUACCGUGUGGCAAGUCCGACACCUGCCCCAGAACCGAGAGCUGUUCCUGACAGCGGGAGGCGCCGGCGGCCUCCACCUCUGGAAGUAGUAAGUCUCUGCUGUGCACCCGGCUCCUUUGUGGGUCCUGGUGGGCAUGAACUAGGAAUAGAGUGAACUUUUCCCCCAUAUUUUCCUCCUCUGACUUAGUUCAUUUUGCUAUGAUUUUAAAUUUUAUUGUAUUAUGUAAGUAUUAUUUUCUAAGCAUUUUUAAAACAAAUUUACUUCUUUUAUACAUACUAAAUAGUAACCUUUGACUCAUUUAAUAUGUUUGUUAUUUAGUUGUCUUCCAUAUAUUGUAGUGUGGUCAGGGGCAGGAACAAUUCUUUUUAUAGAUUUGGAAUCAGGGAUUUUUGCUGGGUUUUUUUGUUGUUGUUUGUUUGUUUGUUUUUAAGGAAAACUUUCACCAAAGGCUCUUGUGAAAUAUUAUAAUCAGGUUGUUAGAACACUACCUCUAGAAGAUAGGAAAAGGGUUGAAAUUGUUAGUUUUAGAUCCUAGUAAUUCAGUUGCCCAAGUUCAGAUAACAUCCUUGUGAUAGAACCAGAACAGAGCCCGAGGGCCCUGAUUGGUCUCCAGGAAAAGCCUUGUCAUUGAGUUUGCUUUCUGCAUACCACAGGCAGGGUGAGUGACGGAGAGCUUACCAUGCGCUGCGCUCUGAAUCCCAAAGGCCUGAAGAGGGCAGUUACUAGUAGCUGCUCCUUUAAAAGGCCUGAUAAAAACUGCAUUAAUGGUUAUCUCUUUCUGUAAACAUCACCCAAGGGGGGAAAAAAAAAGAAAGAAACACAAGCUAUAAAUGAAAGAUAAUGUUUGAAAAAAAGAAAUAAAAGAAAAAUAUCAUCUUUAAUGCUUCUGGGACUUUCACAUUUACAAAAUACUUUUUUUAAAAAAAAAUAUGUUUUUAUUGAUUUUAGAGAGAGAGGAAGGGAGAAGGAUAGAGAGAUAGAAACCGAUGAGAGAGACAUUGAUCGGCCCCUCCCGCAUGCCCUUCGCUGGGGAGUGAGCCCACAGAUGGGGCAUGUGCCCUUAUUGGGAAUCAAACUGGGGACAUCUUGGUUCAUGGGUCAAUGCUCAACCUCUGAGCUACACUGGCCAGGCUACAAACAGUUUCU